GGAAGUACUGCAUCCCGCCCCGCUCCGGCUCUUCCCCGGGUUUCCCCCCGCCGCGCCGGGGCCGUCGCGAUCCUUCCCCGCGUUAGGGAGGGACGGGGCUGCCGUCCGGCAGCGUGCCCCCCCCGCCAAACCUUCCUUUCCCCGCCCCGCCACUGGAAACGGGCAAGACGCAGCCCCGCCGCACGCUCUAUGGCAGGGGAGCGCCCGCAGUAAACAUGGCGCCGCCCCCGCCGGUCACGUGGCGCGGGCCGCGCGGCGAUGGCGGGUCCCGGCGCGGUGUGGCUGGCGGACCCGGUGCAGCGGGUGCCGUGCCCCUACGACGCCCAUCACCGCGUCCCCCGGGCGUCGCUGGACAGACACGCCGCGUCCUGCCGGCUCCGCAAGAUGGGCUACUCGGCCGAGGAGGAGGCCGAGAUGUACGACUCCAGCUUUUUCUACGAAAACCUCAAGGUUCCCACCGUCGCCAUGGAUAAAGAUCUACAGUUUCACAUUGUUAAGCAAGCUAGAGCUCAAAGCGCAAAAGAAGGUACGGGCUGCAGCGAAGGGUCUUACUCACUGCUGCCCGUAGAAGUUCCUCAAAAUCACAAACGUUUCACCUGUGACCUGACUCAAGCUGAUCGCCUUGCUCUUUAUGAUUAUGUUGUUGAGGAAACAAAGAAACAGAGGUCUAGAUCCCAAAUAACGGAAAAUGACAGUGAUCUCUUUGUGGAUUUAGCAGCAAAAAUCACCCAAGAUGACAGUCAGAAAGGUCCAAAGUCCCAUCUUGAAAUUCUGGCUGAAAUGCGAGACUACAAAAGGCGGCGGCAGUCAUACAGGGCUAAGAAUGUUCAUAUAACAAAGAAGUCCUACACUGAGGUGAUCCGGGAUGUGAUUGGUGUGCAUAUGGAAGAACUCAGCAACCACUGGCAGGAGGAGAACAGGUUGGAGAAUGCAGAGAUGUGUGAAGGAGGGAGGUCAAAAUCUUCUGGAAGAAAGGAAGACAGGCGCUCAGCUUCAGUGGACUCACGGCAGUCUGGAGGGAGCUGUAAGGACACUGAGCGCACCAGACACAGGAGAGAGACCAGCAGGAGUCCAACUAAAGGAAAAAGGAGUCACGAAAGAGGCAAAGACAGAGAUUCUCGGAGAAAAAGAGAGAGGGAUGAAGACAAGUAUCACAGCCAUAAAAGGAGGAAGUAGAAACAAGAACCUGAUUACUUUGUUUGUCAGCUGUUCAAAAGAUUACCUGCACAGGAACUAUUAUUACUGCUGUUGUACCAGGGACAGUAACACCGUGUACAUAAUAUUGGUGUUGCAUCACAGCUGUGCUUGGAGGCAGAAAUUAAAUAGCCUUAAGGUUUGUCAGGAUGGAAGUGGUAUAUAGCAGAAAAUCUGUAAAUCUGUAAGUUACAUUGAUCUCUCGCAUCUGUUUGAGUUUAGUCUGCCAAGGCUGAAGAAGGAAAUCUGUGAGAGGCUGUACUAAUUCGCCUUCCUGGGCCAGAGUUAGUGGAUAGAGAACAGCUAAUCCUUGGAAUCCAGGAUCAAUUGUAAAUGGAAAAUGCAUGAAGAGGGCUCCCCUCCUACCCUCCCACUUGACAGUGCCACCUCUGGGAGCAAUGUUGCAGAAAGGCAGCGCUUGCUGCCCAGUCCCAGCAUGGAGAGGGCAGAUGGCAGAGUUCUCCAACAGGCUAAAAUACCUUCAGCUGCGGCUGGUGGUGAAAGGACAAUAGCAGGAAGGUUACUGUUCCCAAAGAAAUUUAGGAUCAAUGUCGUCUGGCAAAGAUGAUGAGGAUGCGGCUCUCCACAGAACCUAGCAGGGAGGCACCAGGGACACUUGUUAAUAUUGCUGAUUGCCAUUUUCAAACACCAGGUACUUGCCCAUUUCCUUACAGAAGUAACUAGGAGUUGUUCCCCUCCUGUAGGCCAACAUGUCAGUAGUGGUGAUAGAGGUACAUAGGAAGGGUGUGCAGGAGGAUUCCACUACAUUUCGGUGAGAUUUUUAUUACAGCAAUUUCUAGUCCUGUUAAUUCCUCACGCCAUCGACUACAGCCAGGUCAGUCAUCAUCAGCCAAGCUCGUUACCUCAAACAAGCUUGCAAAUCCAUCUUUCCUACAAUACUUCCUUCUGCUUGGUCGAGUUGCCAGGAGAUCCUGGGUUCAGCCUGUCACUGGCACCUCCCCUGUUUUACUGUAGCCACCAGUAUCCUGUCUCCUACCUCAGCUGUUUCUGCGAUUAAGUGUGAUUAUCUGUCACUGAACACUCAGUCGAGUUCUGGUUGAUUUAGACUUUGUAACUACUACAGCUGUUCAACUCAAAACCAAACUGAACUCUGUCAGGCAUGACAAAUGCAGUAGCUUUCCUGGUCAGAAAACGAGAUGUAUUUUAAAACAGAUCCUUAGACAAGUCUGUGUCAGAGUGGAGAGAGAUACCCAAGUUCUGAAAGGGCCCUAAUUGGAGUGAAAACAAUACAGAACCAGUGCAGUCCUUUCUUGAGUCGGUGUUUCUCCUACCAGCUCAGCCACCAGCUUCUCAUGAAGUUCUUUUGAGUAAGGCUUGGUAAAACUAUUAAUAGACCAUGUUGGUGCAGACAAGGUAGGCAAAAGACAAGCUGUAUUUGUGUAAGAGGAAAAAAAAAAAAAGUCAGUACUACCAGAAGCAUAAUGAGAAAUUCAGCAAUUAGAGCUGUCCAGCCUUCUCUACAUUUCAUUGUGUUUUACUUCCUGUCACCAUUUAUGAAGUACAGGUAGGAAGAUCCGUAACAACCUACCUUUUACUCAAUCUAAACAGAUGAGUGGAGGCAUCGCUCCCUGGGUGUGAGCAUCAGCAUUUGAGAGGCAGGAGAGCAGUAUAACCACAUAGUCAGUGAACAUCCACUGAAGGGCAAUUUCAAGAGUGGGAUAAAGAAAAUGAUGUGCCAGAGAAGAGGCUCUUCUUGUUUUAUAACGUGCAAAUAAUGGUCCUGGGAACACAGAUUAUUUUCUUGCAAGUAUUUAUUAUUCUUUUUUUUCUCCCGUGGUGCUGAAGAAUAGGCUUGAUCAAAACAGUGUUGAGGGCUGUGUAAGAAAGUUUCUGAGGAGCACCAUGCCAGUUUGUUUGUCACUGGAAAGGAACAAACCAAAUGUUUUAGAACACUUUCAACAUGGUAAGUCCUAGUGUGUUGGACAAGAUACAAUUGAGUGAUACAUAAAUUGCAAGAGGGCUGUUAUGAAAAAGUGAUUCUUUCUUACUAAAAGUUGUCAAUCUGGUAAUUGUGAUGACAAACCGAAUAGAUUCAUUUAUGUGUUUGUGCAUUUCUGAGCUCCCAUGUACAUAAAGCUGUUAGCAAUCUAA